AUGCGCCAGUUCAGUAUCAUGACAGAGGCUGUCCAGCGUGGCGAUAUUGAGGAAUAUGUGCGCCAAUUCCGAGACCAGAUUCUACUCUACGACGGCACCACCCCAGGUCACCAAAAUGUCACGGCGGCAUUUCUGCCCGCCGUGCCGGCCGCGAACCAGGAUAUAUCGCGCGCGGUAGCGUUUGCGCGUCGUGGCGAUUUGGACUCGGCUCGCGCAAUCGCCGCACUCUACGCCUAUGCGGUGAUUGAGUACCAGGACAUUGGCCAGGGCCGCAACCGUGACUACUUGAUACUGCGUGAGGAGCUCGACAGCAACGGCCUUGGCAGAAGGAACUGGGGCAUGUAUAUCUUUGCGAAGACUGGUCCAAGAGGUGCUUCCUACGGCACGCCAAUCUCGAUUCAGGUCCCCCACCCCGUGUUUGACAGGAACACGCCCGAGCUGGGUAUCAGAACAUUUGUCGAGACCAACGCAGAUUCUUUCUUCAUUGCCGGCAUCUAUCGGUAUAGCACCGAAGCUUCGAAAGAACCGUCCACGUGGUCCAACGCCAGCUCUUCUGACAUGGCCCACAACGAGCACAGCUUGUUCCUCCAAUUAGCAGAGGAUUUCACGCGGCCGGCUGCAUUCAACUACUCUCGUGGGCAGAGAGCCACAACGGUAAUACAGAUCCAUGGGUUCGGAAACAGCGACAUGGAAGACGGCAAGUGGACCUACAACCCCAAAAGCUCAUAUCCCCAAAUUGUUCUCAGCAAUGGUGAUAAGUCGCUACGAGGGAAGCGCGUGGCUAUCCUGGACCGCCUAUCUCAGGAGUUUUGGAAACGUGCACCGAAAAGUAAUCAAAGGAUGACGACGGGGGUUUACAAUGGCUGGGAGUACAGCGAUCUCGGGGCGACUGGCAAUGUUGUCGGGAGGCGCAUUCGCGCACGAGGCGACGGUUCUACCUUUAUCCACAUUGAGGCCGACCCGUCUAUUCGGGUCACUGAUGGAUGGGCCAAGGCGCGGAAUAUCGAUGCGCACGCAGAUCGCGCAGAGAAACAUGGUCGGGUCGGCCGCACGUUGCGCCUGGUUCUAACGGCCGAGGACGGGCCGCCGCACUUGAUUGCACAGAAGCUGUAG